UCCAGUCAAAGUGGGACUCGGGGUGCAGCACCGUUUCUCGCGAGCACGUCUGCGCACCAAUCAAACCUGGAUUUAUUCCGGUAAUUCCGUUCUGUUACAAGCUACGCAACCCAGUUCGACAAAUUAAGGACCAGGCUUUUCCACACUCUUCACACAGAAUCAUUCUUCAACUGCAGCAUGCGAGUUCUUUGUGUGGCAGAGAAGCCUUCCAUAGCUCGUUCAAUCAGCUCAAUUCUCUCUGGCGGUCGUCUGGAAACACGUCCAACGUCCAAUAGAUUCAUCAAGAACUUUGAUUUCGAUUACCCACAAACCAACUCACAAUUUACAGUAACCGCUGUCUCUGGUCAUUUGCUAGCUCACGACUUCCCAGAGGAGUACAGGCAGUGGAAUUCUUGUGACCCUAUUACACUGUUCGAUGCACCCAUUCACUCCUCAGUACCCGCAGACAGCAAGAGUAUCGAACGCAAUCUCUUGACUGAAGCGCGUAGAGCAGAUACCCUUAUGAUUUGGACAGAUUGUGAUCGAGAAGGAGAGAACAUUGGGAGCGAGAUUGUUAAGGUAUGCAGGAAAUCACAUCCACAAAUUGUUGUGAAGAGAGCUAGAUUUAGUGCCAUCAUUCCUCAACAAAUUCAUCGUGCUGCCCAGCACCCCAUCGAUCUUGACAUGGCUCAAGCCCACGCUGUCGAGGCGCGCAUCUUCCUUGACCUGAGAAUAGGUGCCGCAUUCACCCGUAUGCAAACUCUUACACUACAGACACGUCUCGCCCAAUUUCGUGAAAACAGAGAAGUCGUCUCGUAUGGUCCCUGUCAAUUUCCGACGCUCGGGUUUGUCGUCCAAAGAUACAAUCAAGUCAAGUCCUUCGUUCCUGAAGACUUCUGGUAUAUAAGCUUUUGUGUGGAUCGUGAUGACAAGAAAGUCGACUUUAACUGGAAAAGGGGGCACUUAUUCGAAUCCGAUAUCGUUGCUGAGAUAUACGAGGAGGUUUUGCAUAGUCCCACUGCUAGAGUGGUGAAGGUAACACAGAAGGAUGUCAAAAAAUACAAACCACUCCCAUUAACAACCGUAGAGCUGCAGAAAGCAGGAUCCAGAUUAUUAAGGCUUGCUCCCAAGAAGGUCCUCGAUAUUGCCGAGAAGCUUUACCAACAAGGCUUUUUGUCAUACCCACGCACAGAAACAGACCAAUACGAUCCUCAGUUCAAUUUCAUGACACUCAUCGAGAAGCAAACCGCCGAUCCUGCUUGGGGAGGAUUCGCCACUGGCCUGCACGAGGGCAAUUUCAAUACUCCAAGGCGGGGCAAAAAUAACGACAAGGCUCACCCGCCCAUCCACCCCACUGCUCAUGCAGGCAACCUUGCUGGUGACGAGAAGAAGGUAUACGAAUUCAUCACCCGGCGCUUUCUUGCAAGUUGUAGCAAGGAUGCGGAAGGCAAAGAGACAAUUGUGCAAGUGGAUUAUGGCGGUGAAGAGUUUAAUGCAACUGGAUUGAUUGUUCUUCAGAGAAAUUACCUCGAAGUAUACCCAUAUGACAAGUGGUCGGCAAAAGAGAUACCGAACUUUCAGGAAGGAGAGCGGUUCGUACCUACGGUAUGUGAAAUCAAGGACGGUCAAACUUCCUCGCCAUCUCUCCUCACUGAGGCGGACUUGGUCACCCUCAUGGACAAGAACGGCAUUGGCACUGAUGCUACAAUUGCCCAGCACAUCCAGACGAUUAUCGACCGAGAAUAUGUCAUCGAACGCAUGGAUGGUGCAACAAAGCAUCUCAUGCCCUCGACGCUUGGAAUUGGGCUUAUAGAAGGAUACAAUGAAAUUGGGUUUGAGAGAAGCUUAUCAAAGCCGCAGCUCAGGCGCGAAACUGAACGCAGCAUGGUUCGAGUUUGCGAAGGUACCAAAUCCAAAGCAGAGAUGCUCACCGAGAGCAUCGAACAAUAUAGGGAGAUGUAUGUUCUCGCAAAGAGAGAGUUCGAUAAAGUUGUCUCUAGCGUGCGCAGGUACAUUGAACGUAACGCAGGGGCAAAUCAGGGUGGUGGGGGUGGCAACGGUGGUGGCGGCGGUGGAAGGGGCAGAGGUGCCGGUGCAAGAAGGGGUGCCGGUCGUAGAAACAAUGAUGAUAAUGAUGAUGAUAACGACAAUGGAGGAGCCCCACCAGGAGGUGCCGGUCGUGGCCGCGGUCGAGGACGAGGACGACCACGAGGUGCUGCAGCUCCAGCAUCUGGAGGCCGUGGACGAGGCGCUGCUAGGGCAGCCCCACCGCCACCUUCCAAUGACAUUGACGAUUUGAAUGAUGAUAUGCCCCCGCCUGCCCCACCACCUCGAAGCCGUUCACGAGCAUCCAAUGGACCAUCAAAGCCCAGUGCUCCUGUCUCACGGACAACUUCUUCCGGAAGUAAACCUACGUCCUCGAGGGCGAUUACCACGACGGCUACUCCCCGACCCAACCCCUUGCCUUCUUCAAGCAUGACGCCAGAAUGUGAAUGCGGGAUUCCAUCUCAGCGCAAAACAGUCACGCAGAAGUCAGCUCGUGAAGGCAAGGAGUUCUAUGCCUGCGGAGUCGGUGACGGAUGUGGGUUUUUCAAAUGGUGUGAUGACGGACCGGUUGGUAUGUCUGCAAAUCCCAUGCCGCUCGUCCCAGCCAAGCGCGCAUUGGCUAGUGAACGUUCAUUUAAUCAGGUCGAUGCCGUUGCACGUCAAUGCCAAUGUCGUGAAGACGCGGCACGGCGUACUGUCAUUAAGGAGGGGCCAAAUAAAGGACGAAUAUUUUGGGGAUGUUCCAAAGGAAAGGACGGGGGGUGUGAAUUCUUCGAGUGGGAUGAUGAACCAUCCAAACCCAAGAGCGCUGCUGCUCCACGUCCCAUGUCGUCUCGAUCAGUAACCCAAAAUGAUUCAACUUCCAGUAGCGGGAAAUGCUUCAAGUGUGAUCAAGAAGGCCAUUGGGCGUCCGCGUGUCCAAACGGUGACAUGACUAGCCGCUCUAAAUCGGCGUUGCAUGCCGGAGGAUCGGCGUCCGGUGACGCGUGCUUCAAGUGUGGACAGACAGGACAUUGGACUUCUGAAUGUCCUGGUAAUGGUGGACCUGGGCCAUCAAAGCGCGCAAAAUCUACUUCAAGAGGUUCGAAGUCUUCGUCGAACACCACCUCCCGAGGGAGAGGUGGGAAGAGAGGUGGGAAGAAAGGGGCCUUCAAGACGAAAGGAGGAACAUUUGGCGCUCCAGAUGAUUUCUGAGGCUAAGCGGCGAAUGUGCUAUGGUUUUCGACCCGCUCAAAAUGGAAAACCAACUUGAUUGUAGCGUUCAUACUCUUAGAUUUGUCAGUUACUGUACAAUUUCAAGACCCCACGAGCGGCAAGUCAAUCUAGUCUCAAAGCUUAAUAGCCUGAGUAAAAUCUCUAACUUCCAAACUCAUGUCUAUGCUCAAUGUUUGGUUAUGUUUUCUCCUUCAGUGCCGCCGCUGGUGCGAUCUUUUUCUACGUCCG